GACCUGAAGGCAGCAGUGACGAAGAUCUGCACUUUCUUAGGGAAGAACCUGAGUGAAGCUGAUAUUGAGAAAGUUGUGGAAAAGUCUAUUUUCAACAACAUGAAGAAAGACUUGAGAGCAAACUACGAGUUUCUGCCACAAGAGAAGGUGAAGGCAGACUUCAUGCGCAAAGGUAAGAUCGGUGACUGGAAGAACACCUUAAGCGCCGCUCAGAGUCAAAGAGUGGAUCAACUGCUGCAGGAGAGACUCAGUGAUUUGUCUCUGAACUUCAUUUGGGAGUAAGAAGAGUUGCAGAGGUUUUUAAUUCUGCAAUAUCUUGUCAAAUGUAUUUUAGAAUAACAACUUCAACAGAUGUUGUUAAUGUAUAACUGUUGAUAUGUGUCACAGUAAUGCUUUAUAACCCCUGCUUGGACUUCUGUACUGGAAAAA